GGCGGAUUCAGGCACCUACAGAGCGGGGGAUCGGGAGGCGUCUUCGUAAACGCCUUCGUCGUCCCAUCUUCUUGUUGCCUUUUCUUUUUCUCCGGUUUACUUUGCUUUUUCCGUUCAUUUUCUCCGUCGAAGAUGAGGGAGUGCAUCUCGAUCCACAUCGGUCAGGCCGGGAUCCAGGUCGGAAAUGCGUGCUGGGAGCUUUAUUGUCUCGAGCAUGGCAUCCAACCUGAUGGUCAAAUGCCUAGUGACAAGACUGUGGGCGGUGGCGAUGAUGCUUUCAACACCUUCUUUAGCGAGACCGGUGCUGGGAAGCACGUCCCCCGUGCUGUUUUUGUAGACUUGGAGCCCACUGUUAUUGAUGAAGUAAGAACCGGAACAUACCGCCAGCUCUUUCACCCGGAGCAACUCAUCAGUGGCAAAGAAGAUGCUGCUAACAAUUUCGCCCGUGGCCACUAUACCAUUGGCAAGGAGAUUGUAGAUCUCUGCUUGGAUCGCAUCCGUAAGCUCGCUGAUAACUGCACUGGACUCCAAGGCUUCCUUGUGUUCAAUGCUGUUGGCGGUGGCACUGGCUCGGGCCUCGGAUCACUUCUUCUGGAGCGCCUGUCUGUGGAUUACGGAAAGAAAUCCAAGCUUGGCUUUACUGUUUAUCCUUCCCCACAAGUCUCCACAUCUGUUGUCGAGCCUUACAACAGUGUUCUCUCCACCCACUCCCUCCUGGAGCACACCGAUGUGGCUGUCCUGCUUGACAAUGAGGCCAUCUACGACAUCUGUAGGCGCUCGCUGGACAUCGAGCGCCCUACCUACACCAACUUGAACCGUCUGGUAUCUCAGGUCAUCUCUUCGUUGACUGCAUCCCUGCGCUUCGAUGGUGCCCUCAAUGUGGACGUCACAGAGUUCCAGACCAACUUAGUUCCUUACCCAAGGAUCCAUUUCAUGCUCUCCUCCUAUGCUCCCGUGAUAUCUGCAGAGAAGGCAUACCACGAGCAGCUUUCGGUCGCAGAGAUCACCAACAGCGCCUUCGAGCCUUCCUCCAUGAUGGCGAAGUGCGAUCCUCGCCAUGGGAAGUACAUGGCCUGUUGCUUGAUGUACAGAGGAGAUGUUGUUCCCAAGGACGUGAAUGCGGCUGUGGCAACGAUCAAGACCAAGAGGACCAUUCAGUUUGUUGAUUGGUGCCCCACUGGUUUCAAAUGUGGUAUCAACUACCAGCCGCCCACCGUCGUCCCCGGCGGCGACCUUGCCAAGGUUCAGAGAGCCGUCUGCAUGAUCUCCAACUCGACUAGCGUUGCGGAGGUGUUCUCUCGCAUCGACAUUAAGUUCGAUCUGAUGUACGCUAAGCGUGCUUUCGUCCACUGGUAUGUGGGUGAGGGGAUGGAAGAGGGUGAGUUCUCGGAGGCUCGUGAAGAUCUGGCUGCCUUGGAGAAGGACUAUGAGGAAGUUGGAGCUGAGUCGGCCGAGGGUGAGGAUUGCGAGGACGAGUACUAACUCGUCCUAAAUCGGUCGUGCUUGGUCGGAUGUUUCUGUCGCUCUUUGUUUGGUCUGUUUCCGUGGUGUUCUGUUCGGAUUUGCGACUGUGUUGAUGGUUGUUUUCUGAACCGUGUUAUAAUAUGAUAAGACUGGUGACUUUGUUUCGUCGCUUUUUACAA